UUACAACAGAAAAUUCGCUCAAUCGAAAAGAAAAAAUGUAACAUGGCGGAAUGAAUUCGUUGAGGUUUUCAAUGAAAGUGUUAAAGUAUCUUGUGUGCUUAAAGCCAAAAUUGUUGUUGAAAGAUAAUCUGAAAAAUGAAUUUUCGUUGAAUUGUUUUCCAUGCUCAGUGCGAAUGAAUCACAUGCCAUUGCGUGUGUCGUUCGAGUGUAAGAAAAAUUUUUGAUUAACAUUCAGUUCGUUCGACCAAAGAGGAAAAAAAAAAGUUCUACCAAACGAAACACAAAAAAAAUGUACACGAUUCAUCAUUCGGAAACGUCAUUCAAUCAAUACAAAUGUACAGAAACUGAAAGCGUCACGGAGAAAAGCUUCAAUUCGUUGUCAUUUACUUGGAUCAUAUCAGUCCAAAAAAAUUUUGCUGGCCAACUAAACAAUUUACCCAGCAACAACAGUACAAUCGAACAGAAAUGUUUAUUUUAAUGGAAAGAAUAAUGUUUUACUGAAAUAAGAAAAAAAAUGUUGUGCACUGUGUCUGGUGUAAAUCUGUGAUAUUUUUAACGUGAAAAAUCAACGAUGGACUUAGUUGUGCCAGCAGAAUUGGAAGAGCUUAUACUGUGCAGCUGCUGCCAUCUGCCAUUCAACGAUACGGACGCACUUCCCAAACUAUUUUCGUGUAGACAUCAUUUUUGCUUGAAAUGCGUUAAUUCGAUACUGCUAAAAAGUGGCGAACUAUAUUGCGUACAUUGCUGGAAACGAACGGAACUGCCAGCACCUGACAUGAAACCAGAAAGUCUGCCCACCCAUACGGCCAUACUGUAUCUGGCCCAGAAUCUGAGCAUGCUUAACAUGAAAAAAGCACCGGACAAAUCGUCUUCGCAACAUUCCACAUCGAUUCAACAGCAGGCCAAUCAGCAUCAGAAAGGUGAAAAUUGUCAUACGCACGCUAUGCCGAAUGGGCUGUGGUGUUUGAAAUGUCACAUGAUGAUCUGUCGUGCAUGCGCCGGUGCGGAAGAGCAUCGAUCGCAUAGUGUUAAGACGCAAAACGAAGCCAGAGAUACGAUUCGUGGCGAUGUUGCGGGGGAACUAAUAACGAUGCAGAAGACAUUGGUUGAGGUACAGCAUCUGGUGUUGAAACAACGCGAAUUCCUCUUAAAAAUUUUAGAAGCUUGCACCGCUUUAAAAACACAAAUCGAAACCGAACUCAUCAAUCACAUGCCGACGCUCGAAAUUGCCGAAAUGCGCGAAAGUCUUGGCAAGGCGAAAUUAUGUUUAGGAAUGCUGGAGCAGCAAUCACCUACCGAAGCGUACAAAUUGUAUUCGACGUUACACUUAGAAAAGCAACGACUACAAUCGAAACAUCAGGAAAUGUAUCUUCAAUGCAAGUUAGACGAUUUGAUUCGUCAUUACGGGUCAUUGUUCGAUUUUGAUUUGAUUAAACAAGCAUUAGCUGGAUUGCAGUCGGGCGAUCAGGCCAUAUCGUCGAUUUCAAUGAAUGGUUCUGGUCAUCAGAACCAAGUGCUGCUGUUGGCUAAUUAUUGCAUCUCGCAAUUGUAUUCUCGUCACGUACUGACGAACAAACAGCAACAGCUUUUGAGUAACAGCAAUGGCCACUACACGAGUCAAACAACAUCGCAAAUGUUGACCAGUUCGCCGCAUGAAGUAAAAACAUUCGCUGAAAUAGCUGGCUCUCCGAAGGGAGUCACCAACAACAACAACAAUAACAACAACAACAACAGCACCAACAUCAAUAACAACUACCUAACCGACAGCAUGGUAAAUCAUCAAACAUCCGGUGGCGUUCGACAUUCAUCCAUUUCAUAUAUGUCAUCGGAUUUGAAUGGCAUAGCAAUGAUGCAACAUCUUCAACAUUCCGGCCAACAGCAAAUGUCCUCAGCGGCCUCAACAUUAGUGCAAUCACCACAAUCGUCAAGUACAAUUAUCUGCAAUCCGACCGUUCAUGUCUAUCCGAUUUACUACUUUAAUAUCGAAAUUAAUGGUUCGUCGUGCGGUCGAAUUCUGAUCGAAGUGCGAAACGAUGUGGCGCCGAAAAUGGCUAAAAAUUUCGGUGCACUGUCCACCGGUGAAUUGGGCUUCGGCUACAAGGGAUGCCAGAUAUUCCAGUGCUGGGAAAACGAAAGCAUUAUAACGGGUGAUUUCGAACUGAAUAACGGCCGUGGCGGUCGAUCGGUGUUCGAGGAGGGAUUUUUCAUGCCAGACGAUACGAAAAUUCUGGCCAUACGCGGUUCGGUCGGUAUGCGUCGCAGUCAGAAACGUCAUGACAAUAUGGGCUUAGUGGGUUCACAAUUUCGCAUCAUUUUACGUGAGAUGCGAGGAUUUACGGGUAUUUUUGCAUUUGUCGUAGAGGGAUUAGAGUUAGUGGAGAAAAUUAGUCAAGCUGGCGAUUCGGCUGGUAAGCCACAGAGCAGUGUUAUGGUAGUCAGUUGCGGUAAAUUGCAAUAGUUUUAAGAUUGUUUUUAGACAAGAAAACGAAAAAGAAAAAAAAUGGAAACAAAAUCGUUUAGCAGGGCAGUUGGAACAAAACAAACUCGGUAUGUGGUUAGCUUUUAAUUCUUCGUAAUUUUUGAGCGUGUGCGAUAUGUUUUUCGUUUCUCGUUUUUUGAAUGUAUUACGUUUAAGUCAAAACUGGAGCACCGAAAGUAAAUAUAAAACAAAAUAAAAUACAAAAAAAGAAAAGAAAAUUAAACGAAGUGAAACGCAAGUUCAUCUAAUAACAAAAAAAAAUUGUUUAAAAAAAUGUGAUUAUGUUGCUAAGGAAUACAACCAAAUCAAUUGAUCAUUUGAAUGUUAGAAAUUUACAAAACAAAAUAUUGAAAGGGAUGUAUACAUCGAAGGGAAUCCUCAAGUUGCAAUACAAUAUUCAGCUAAAUUUAAGAAAAAAAAUAAUCGUAAAUUUCCUUCUCCAACUAUAGGCGGCAGCGGCAGCCAUAAACGAAUACUGGUCUAUCAACCAGAACAAAAUGCUUUACCCUAUCGAUUUCACAUCAAUUAACUUGGAUACACUGUCAAUAGAAUCGAUAACACUGUCUUCCUUUUAAAUUUUCCGUUUCAAAUUGAAAGGGGCUGACAACAUUCCUGUCAUCAUAGCACUGCUCCUAGCACUUACACUCUAAUUUCAUACAUCAAAUAAUCCUCCAAAUUUUGAUACAUGCGUGUUCAAUUCACAUUUCUUUGUGUGUGUUUUAACUAACUCCUAGAAAACAUGACUACUGUUUCAACGAAAGAAAUGUUAAACCCAUUUGAAUCAAGCCUCUGAAAAUUUUCAAUGUUAUUGCUGGGAGCAGUGUUAUGCUGCCAUAAUCGAUUCCUUGUGAAUUCUCCGAAGAUUAAUGUCGUCCAGAGAUUAAUCGAAAUCCUCUUUAUCCCCUUUCGUAUAUCACUUUUGACGUCCGAACGACAACAUAACAAAAUGAAAGAAAAAAUUCCAUUCAAAUGUUUUCAUCGAAAAAUGUCUAAAUGAAAAUGAAAUUUUUGACGAAGCCACCCCCAUGCCACCCAUAUAAAUAGCUAAUGAAAUAAAGAAAAAAGCAAAAAUAUUAAAAUUACAAAAACCAACAAAAAUAAUCAGGAAACGAAAUGAGCCAAACUAUUUUAAUAAAAAGAAAUUUAUUUAAAUUUCUUCUUAAUAGCAAGUACACAAUCACUAAGAAAAUAUUCAUGGAUAAAAACAGUAUAAAAAACAAAACGAUAAACCAAACUUUGACAAAUUUAAAACUUAAAAAAUAAAUUACUAAAUAAAAAACAAAGAAAAAUUAUUUAUAGCUGAGGCUUUUUGUGAUAGGUGUCUGAUUAUUAAAAGAAAAUAAUAAUUAAUUAAAGAGAAAACGUGUCAUUCAUUCAAACAAAUAUAAUAUUACACAGCAAACAUCACCCAGAUGAACAUCUAAAUAAAAUUAAAAACAAAAAUGGGCCACAGCAAACAUUUUUAGUCAAUGACGACCGCUAUUCCGAUAUAGAGCUCAGACCCAACCACCUUACACAUUUUCUUGGGCUACACGUGUCAUUCGCAAUUGAUAAAAAAAACGCAGCAGAAACACGUGAGCACAAAGCGAUUGUACCAAAUUCAUUUUAAUUGACAUCAGAGGGAACAAACAUUGUGACUGGUUGAGCUGUAUUUUGAUUCUUACUCUAACUACACAUAGCAACGUGAAAGAGAUCUAAUUAGAAAUUUUCUUUUGUUAUUAUGUCAAAUGUGACAGAAGAACAAAAGAAAAAUUUGAAUUCGGUGGCCCUCGCGUUCCUAUGUGUGGCUAAAGUUCUUUGUUACGGUGGGUGUAUUUUCCGGAUGAAUUGAACGUUAGCAACGAACGAAAAAUGAUGGGACACCACAAAUUCGGUUUUUGCUUCGCAGAGUUCUACAUUUUGAUUAAAAUGUAUGGAAAUGUUGGAUGCUCAUUUUCACGAAUUCACGCCGUAAAUGCGCUUUAUAAUUUGGAUCUUAAGUCAACAAGUGACCGAAUAGUGAACGAAAAAAUAAAAUAAAUUUCAACGCUUCCUUAUAUAAGAAUGGGACGAUUUAACGCUGCGUUAAAAAGACCUUUUCACGUUCCUUUUGAAUUGUCAGCGCAGUUAUGAAUUGAAAAAUUGAUUUUAUAGACAGGUUGAAUCGGAUUUUAUUACUAAAAUACGUCUCAUCGAUUUUAGUUAUAAUAUCGAGCUUUAAUUCAAAAUUUCAUUCGGUUAGUUUGAAGAAAAGCGUAAAUUUGUCACUAUUGACAGGAUAGUUUGGUUUAAACGAAAGAAAUUUACACGUUACACGUCAAAGCGAUAUAAUUGAAAAGAAGAUAAAUAUUUUAAGCAUAGUAAAAACGAAAUGACUAUUUUUGUAAUGCGGAAAAGAUUAAAAAAAACAAAACGAAGAAUUUGAC